UAACAAGGUCAAGUGGUUGCGAAUUGACUUAAAAGUCCCACCACCAUCCAACAUAAAUGUGAUCGCAUCUGUUGCAUCUCUUUUAGCUUUGACGAAUGGUUCCCAGUUUAGCUUAGGCUGGAGAAAUGAAAGAAACAAACCGUAUGCAAUAUUUUAUAUAGGUUAAAUUUUAUGUAGGUAUCAAAAACAACUGGGCCCACUCACUAUUUGAUGGGAUCCUGAUAAAAUUUUCAUAACUAUAGAGAACUUGUGGGAAGAGCAUCCAAAGAGUGUUGGUAGCACUCAACUUUUAGGCUCUGACAGUUUGUAACUCUAGUUGAAUUUUAGUUACUCUUGUUUUUAUUUUCUGCAAUUGAAAAUUAGUUUUGCUUACUUGAAAAUAUUCUGGGUAUUAUGUAUGCAGAGAUUAGCACGAUGGGGACUAAUUCAUACAAUACCAGAUUCAAAAUCAAAUGCUUGCAAGAGAGAAUGCUGGCCUUUGGGAAGUGAGGCAUUACCUGAAGGAAUUAUUGCCAGAACAUCUAACUUGGAAAUGCGGCCCUUAUGGGACUCUGGUAAAGAUCAUACAAUUUUAAAGCGCCCAUUGAAUCUGUUGGCUAUGGCAGUAGGACUUAAGCAGAAAGAAAUUGUCAACAAUAUUGUUGAAAAGUUCUUGUCAAGUGAUUUUGUUGUGAUGCUUUUUCACUAUGAUGGUUUUGUGGAUGGAUGGAAGAGUUUAGCUUGGAGUAACCAUGUCAUACAUCUAUCUGCUAUAAAUCAAACAAAAUGGUGGUUUGCGAAACGGUUUUUGCAUCCAGACAUAAUUGCCGAAUACAACUACAUAUUUCUUUGGGAUGAGGACCUUCUUGUUGAUAAUUUUGAUCCAAAAAGGUAUUUAUCUAUUGUUAAAGAAGAGGGUCUUGAGAUAUCUCAGCCGGCUCUGGAUCCUACCAAAUCUGAGGUACAUCAUCCACUGACAGUCCAUAAAGCCGGAUCGAAACUGCACAGAAGGUAUUAUAAACUAAAAGGCAGUGGAAGGUGUGAUGAUAGUAGCAUUGCUCCUCCUUGCAUUGGUUGGGUGGAAAUGAUGGCACCGGUAUUUUCUAAGAAGUCUUGGCAAUGUGUAUGGCAUUUAAUCCAGAAUGACUUAAUCCAUGCCUGGGGCCUGGAUAGGCAGCUUGGCUAUUGUGCACAGGGUGAUCGAAUGAAAAAUGUUGGUGUUGUUGAUUCUGAGUACAUAGUUCAUCUGGGCCUGCCUACUCUUGGUGGCCCAAAUGGCAAUGAGGCAUCGUCAGACUCUCCUGGAGGUAAUGCUAGAGCCAAUGUUAGGAUGCAAUCAUACAUUGAAAUGCAGGUUUUCGGUAAAAGAUGGGGAGAUGCAGCAAAGAAAGACAAAUGUUGGAUUGAUCCAUAUCAACAACAGGCAAACCUGACAAACCAUUAACUGAUUGAAUGCCAUGUCCAGUGUCCAUGUGCAUAGUCACGUUUGAAAUUCACACGUCACAUUUUGCAUCCGAUUUUUGUUUCUAGUCUCAGGUAUACAGGUGUUCAUAUUGCAUAGUUUAUUUUAUUCUUUUUCAAGGAUGGUCAAUGUAAAAAGUGAAGUAUACCCCUUUUUAUUCUGGAAAGGGUGAUUCAGAAUGUAAAAGUUACAUUUUGGAC